GUGUUUAAAAAAUACAAGGAGAACAGUCUGGCCGUGCCAGGCAACCAAAACAGUGCAACGUCGUAGUACUCUUCUUGGUGGUUGAGGCACGCGUUUUACUUUUCAAAUUUUUCCCUCCAUCCACAUAUUUUUCAUAUAUUUAUUGCCUUAUUUACCUGCUUACUUGGUCUAUAGCUUCAAGGUUAUUUACUCUGCAUAUUUUUUUAAUGUUUUUUUUUUUUUUUUUUUUGCCAGGCCUCAACAGCCAUAUACGGGUGUCCAUGACCUGAAAACACAGUUAAGAUGUAGGGUUUAUAUCAGUGGUUUUACCAGUCUUUUUCUUUAGUUAUUUUUGUUCUUCUGCUAAACUAUUCAUCCUAUUUUUAUUCCUCCCGUCCAAUUUAACUCGUAUAACAUAACUCGUGACCAUCCUACCUGCAAGUCAAAGUCGAGGGGAAAAUACUAUUAUUUUGCGCAUGCGUACUUCCGGAGUGACAAAAAAUGAGCCGUUUUGGUUUCUAUUUUAUUUUUCUCGUUUUGUUGGUGAAAAGCCCUAGUUUGCUACUCUUUUUGUGUUUCGCUAUUUAUGUUUACGUCCAUUAUAGAACGCGCUAAAGCGUGACAAACCUAAAUAGCGUAACCACCUCACCUAUUUUUUCCUCAGCGGUUAAUUUGAAUGUAUUUGAGUCUUGACUAUCAAAAAAGCCAUCUGUCAGGGCUAACUAUGCGGCUUUGCGUGGCUUGGCGUCAGUCACUGCGGGGUGAUGGACGCGCCAGUCGUGUCACGUAGGUCGUCAAAACAUGAUGAUUGCGCUCAAGUUCUCGCCGUGGGAGUGAAUAUGCACGAUGGACACGAUAAGAGGGUGUUUAAACGGACGAAACCGUUUGCUCUGCGGUCAGACGGAAGACGGCAUCACAGAUCAGUUCAUUCCAAUGGGUCUUUCACUGUCAAGGUGGUUGCAAAGCAGGACAAAAGCGCAUGUGCCUUCCCUUUCUGCUUUCAAUUCUCUGGCCGUCCCGAUGUCCUCUCGCCUCAAUGUCAUUUUAAACGACUCUCCAGUUCCUCCAGGACACAGUUGCUCACGUUGGAGCUCAGUCCACUGCUCCCCUCACUUCCUUCUGUCUGCUGACAGGGAGGAAGUGAUGCGUUUACCCGUGGAGUUGAGCAGCGAUGGGGUAAGGGCAGAAAAAGGGUUAAAAGACGGGCUUCAUGUGUGGGAAGUGACGUGGAAGCCCAACCAGAGAGGAAGUCAUGCAGUUUUGGGCUUAUCCAGGCAGAGUUGUCCUCUGCAGGCCUCUGGAUACAAUGUACUGGUGGGGGCAGAUUCCCAGUCUUGGGGCUGGGAACUCCAAAGCAAUCAUCUGUGGCAUGAUGGACAAAGUCAGGGAACAUACCCAGAAAAGAGCUGGAGAUAUUACAGUAAAGCAGAGGCGUUUCCGCCAUGGUCUUCCCAACUCGUCACACCAGGUAGAGAGGUGCCAGAUGUACCUCUUACCAUCCCUGAGCACAUCCUUAUGGUUUUAGAUGCAGACGCAGGUACUAUUGGAUUUAUUGUCGAUGGGCACUUUCUCGGUGUUGCAUUCAAAGACCUCCCUCGUGGAGUGGAGCUGUUCCCAGCGGUGAGCAGCGUGAGGGGAGGAGCCUGCAUACGACUGCGAUACCUGAAUGGCGCCAUUUCUGAACCCCCAGCCUUGAUGGCUUUGUGUAUACUGCUCAUACGCCAUCGUGUAGGCCUCCAGAGGAAAAAUCACAUGGACAAGCUGUGUCUUCCACCUGCUCUCCAGCACUACCUUCUUUCGAGUCACUAGUUCACAUUUUCCUCAUGCACCGACCAGGGCAACAAUGAACAUUAGUUCUAAGCUUUUGCAUUUCAUGUACAAUGAUUAGACCAGGGGUCGGCAACCCAAAAUGUUGAAAGAGCCAUAUUGGAGUAAAAAAACAUGUCUGGCGCCACAAAAAAUUGAAAGCCUUAUAAAUAAGGGAACAGAUGCUGUAUGUAUCGAUCUUAGCUAUACUGUAUUAGUCUACUAUCAAAAUGACUAGGCAAAAAAUACAUAAUGAGCGUUCAUUAUUACCGUAUUUUCCGCACUAUAAGGCGCACCUCAAAGCCUUCAAUUUUCUCAAAAGCCGACAGUGCGCCUCAUAAUCCGAUGUGUCUUUUAUAUGGAUCAAAAUUGGUUAAUCAUGGCAUGACAUUCGUAGCUCAGCUCCAUUUUGUGGAUGUAUAAUGCAACGCCUACUACUACUACUACUACUACCACCACUCCUGCGCAUUACUAUGCAGUGCGCCCUAUACUGUAAAUGAAAACAGUUUUAAAACAGGCCAUUCAUUAAAGGUGCGCCUUAUACUCCGAUGCAAGUUAUAGUGUGGAAAAUAUGGUAAAUGUUUAUUUUCCCUGCAGUGCAUCUUCUAGAGAAUGAUGCACCACGUGACUACACUGUUGUACGAUGCUGCCUCAAGUUUAACUUCAUUACAAUAUUAAUGCAUUAGAAGAACGUUGUGUGUCACGUUUGUCCUCCUACAGAAGCCAUAUUAAAAUUUAAAAAUCUAUCUCCCCACCCACAUCUUUUUCCAUUUUCAAACAUUUUUGAAAAAGCUCAAGGGAGCCACAAGGCAGCGCUAAAGAGCCGCAUGUGGCUCUAGAUGUGUGGGUUGCUGACCCCUGGGUUACACACGCAGUCCUGUUUAAUGUGGUUUUAUUGUUAUUUUUCAUACCGAAUAAAUUACUCCUAAAGGUUGCACUUGUGUGUUACUGCCAGUACUGUUCCAUUUCAGAUAAACUGCUAUCUACAGUACGUAUUUUCCAUUGCAUUUCUGCGUAAAAGUGUCAGAAAAAUGGAAUUGGCAUCACAAUAAAUCUA